CGAACCAGAGACAGUCAUCUCAAGAAUCCUCUCGCUCUCGCACAACAGUGCACACAAUUUCUCAAAAGGUUACUGCUCCAAUUAAACCUUCUCCUCCACUCAUCUCAAGCAAAUCGGCCUCCUCGAACACUCCAAUCUCGAAAGUCUCGUCUAUGCCCAGCUACACCUGUGAUGAUUGUGGACACGACCACUUUAUUGCAGAUUGCCCUCGCUUCUCCAAACGCUCACCUCAAGAAAAAGCUGAUGUAGUAUUACAUCGCAUCCUCUGCUCUAACUGCCUCGGUAGACAUCAUCGCCACUCUUGCAGAACGACAAAGAUCUGCAAAAUCUGUGGAAGUCGUCAUCACACUCUUCUACAUGAUGCUUCUCUCAGCAGUAAACCACACUGCAAAGUUCCACCGGUACCCCCUCGAGUGCUUCCUCAAUCAGCUCUCACAUCUCAAAAAUCUGCUCAAAGGGAGCUACCUCAACCACGACUCAACACUCUCCUCGCCACUGCCAUCGCCCAUCUCAUCACCUCAACAGGAUCACACACGGUUCGACUACUCAUCGACAGUGGAUCCGAGCUGACCUUCAUCUCUCAAGAUCUAGCCAGAAAACUCAACAUCUCUAGAAGGAAGUCGCAUGUUGUAAUUGUGGGAAUUCAUGGAAAAACUUCGAAGACACAAGGAUCUCUUGCCCUCACUCUCAAGUCGACGUAUGACCAUCAAACCAUAAAUAUUGAUGCUCACAUUUUUUCAUCAUCUUUCUCUAAUUUGCCUUCCUUCUAUACAUGUUUUCAGCAAUCUCUACAUCUCCAGCACCUCAAGUUAGCUGAUCCAGAAUACCACAUCUCAAGAGCCAUCGACAUCAUUUUGGGUGCUGAUGUAUAUGGCUCAGUUGUUCUUCCUCAGAUGAAAAAAGGCCCUCCAUCAUCUCCAAUCGCGCAACUCUCAAUCUUCGGCUGGCUAAUCCUAGGACCUGUGUGUCAAGAACAGGAACGCCUUCCAAUCCAAUCUCCAAUCUUUCAUACCAUCUCACAACAGUCACAUACGGAACUAGAUCAGCUCCAUUUUUGGCAAUCAGAGUUCUUCUCCAACUUCUCAAAGAUGAGGGUCACAACUUUCCACUAGCCAUUCCUCCAUCAACUUCUCGAAAUUGCCAAACAACUCCAGAACCUUUGCAUGGCGGCCGGCCUUCCGC